UUCAAAUGUUUGUGUGGCUCUGUUUGCGGGUUCCCCCUUCCAUCACAUAAUAAGAAAGAUUUCUUGCUUAGUCAUCCACCAUGGACGAAAACCAAUUGAUGGCUAUUGCUCGCUCCUCACUGUUCAUUCGAUUCCCGCACGAUAUUUUCAGAACUUCACCUCCUAUUAAACCACACAUACCCAUUAGCUUCCGUCUUCUUCUCCACUUCAAAAUUCUCUCUUUCCUCGUCUCUCUGCCAACACAUGAGGCUCUCUCCAGCAAUCUCCCCUCUCUUUUCUGGAUUAUAUCACGACUGGGGAAGAAAGCUGUGGGAUAGAUAGGUAAUUUCUGGAAAUUACUAGUCCUCUCUUUUCAAAUUCUCUGUUCAAGUUCGUUCAAUCAAUAGUUUCAUAAUCAGAGAGUUUAUCAGUUACUAAGAUAAGCUUGAAGUGCCACAUGGGAUUGGUACUAAUCUGCGUUCCCAGAAGAUUAGAACACGCGAAACAGGAUAAAAAAUGGAAGAAUCAACAUCAUCACCAACAACACAAUUGGGUCUAAUCGAGCAGUCUUUUAACUGCCGCUACUCGCGCUGGGUACGCGAAGCUCUCGACGAGUUGCCCGAAAGUUUCACCAUCACCGAUCCUUCUAUUUCCGGCCACCCGAUAGUGUUUGCGAGCCGGGGGUUCCUGAAAAUGACGGGUUACUCGAGAGAGGAAGUGAUUGGCAAGAACGGUCGGGUGUUUCAGGGACCCAGAACGAACCGAAGGUCCGUCAUGGAGAUUCGUCAGGCAAUUCGAGAAGAGAGGACAGUAGAGGUGAGUUUGUUGAACUACCGCAAAGACGGGACACCAUUUUGGAUGUUGUUUCUUAUGAGUCCGGUUUUCGGGAAGAAGGAUGGGAGGGUUAUUAAUUUUGUGGCGGUUCAGGUCCCGAUUUACGCAAAACAGAGGAGGAAUGGUGCGAGGUUUAGUGAUGGAGGUUCUGGUUUGCCGGAAGUUGUUUUGGGAUCUUGUAGAAGAGAAGUUUGCUCCGAUUCUUUGCUGGAUUUUGGCCUUGUUUUGUCAUUGGAUACCAAUCCUAGAGAAUCUGAGAAUGAUGAGAUAGAGCUGUCUGAGGCAAGUGAUCUGAAUAAGCAAAGAGCGCUAGGUGCCAUCAACAACAUCUUGUCUGUGCUAACCCACUACAGCGAAUCGACUGGCAGAGUGGUAUGUGGGAAGAGAUGCUGCUUGCCCGGUGCUGGCUUCCUCAGCUCGUCACUAAAUAUAUCUCUUGGUAGAAUCAAACAAAGCUUUGUAUUAACCGAUUCUCAGUUACCUGACAUGCCAAUAGUUUAUGCAAGUGAUGCCUUCUUAAAAUUGACCGGCUACGAUAGACAUGAAGUGUUGGGGCGCAAUUGUCGAUUUUUGAGUGGAGAGGACACUGAUUCCUUGACAUUAUAUCAGAUAAAGCAAAGCAUUCACGGUGAACGAGCAUGCACAGAAGGACAAGAGUAUAUUUUGGAAUUUUCUUCACAUAUCACCAGUUCGCAAUGCUUCUGGCAAGAACCAGAAAAGCCAAAUGCGGAUUUGUUCGUCCGUAUGCUCAAACUCUUAUCUUUGCUGACAGAUAGAGAACGGUAAUUACAAAUUUGUGUAUCAAGGAUACAUUCUUUUGCCAAUUUUCCUAAUAAAUCAGGAUGUAUUCCCUGGCUUAUCAAAAUUGACCUUAACUUGCAAAGCUACUGAUAUAGGUUCAUAAACCUAAAUGCAUGGGGAUGAACAAUAUACUCAGAAUAUGUUUUGAACCAUGGUCCCUGCUCUAGCUGAUAUAGGUUCAUAAACCUAAAUGCAUGGAGAUGAGUUGUUUACUCAUAGAAUAUUUGUUGAACCACGGUCACUGCUCUAUGAAUAAUUUGUGUAAUUUGUACUUAGAAUAACCUGUGAAUACUAACUCAAGGAAAAUUAACAAUUUAAUACUUUAACUAAAGGAAAAAGACUACAUGAGAGAAUAAAAUAUAAUAAAACAUUAUACUAGUACGCGAAUUGAGUGCAUAGGAUAAUAGUCCUUGUCACAUGAGAGCUCUGGUAUUGCAUUUGGGGUAUCUUUAGGAUUUGGUUUAUUCAUAUUGGUCCUAAUUUACUCGACAUAUAUACAAAGCUUCUUAAAUGGUUGGUUUGAGGAUCUUCUUGUUCCAUCAGUUAGUUUAAGGUCAAGUGCAGUUAUUAUGUCCAAUAGAAUUGGCUGUGGAAACUGGUCUUAUAAAUGUAUGCUGUCCCCACAGGCAGCAUAGGAAGCACUAGAGAGCUGAGGCGGUACUAUCUUGUGACUUGGGAUGUAGUGAAGACCUACUUUGGUGAGAGGUCUUGGCAUAAGAUUUUAAUCCGUUGUGAACAAACCUUUGUUAGUGAAGUUGCUUGGAAAUUUAUAUCAUGGAGUAGUUGUUUGUGGGGAUAGGUGAUUAUUGCAAAAUGCGGGUUAGACAAUAAGGGUUGGAAGUUUGCUAGGAUCAGCCAGAGUUAUGCUACUAGUCUUUGGAAGUUGAUUAGUAAGGAUUAAAGCUAUCCUUUUAGCUUCUUGUGUUGACUGGUAAUAAUGAAGCUUCAAGCUUUUGGGUGAAUCGGUGGUGGAGAUAGAGACUACACAAGGCUAGAUUUCCUACUAUCUUCGUUAUUACUAGGAACAAGGAUGUUAUAGUUAGUGAUAUUGUGGUUUGCAAUGGGAGCCUUACCUCCUGAGUGAGACGUCUAGCUCCUGCUGCAUCUCAAUAAUUGGUAGAUUGUUGGCAUGUCUCUCUCAGAAGCCUUGCUCAUGGCUUAGAUCUACGAAAAAGAAAGAGAGAACAUAAAAAGAGAGAUUGAUUUGCUUUUGAGGUAAUAAAUAUUUGAUGCCUUCAUUCGUAGAACUCUUGCCUGUUUAUAGGCCACAAAUGGCAGGAAAAAUGAGCGAAAGGGGAAGCGGGAACCUCCAGGCGCCUGGAGGUUGCAACGGCUGAACAGUCGGCAGUUAGGGGUCACUGUCAAACGGUUUUUCAGUUUUACUGUUCCAAAAACCUAACCCUAAUUGGUUACAGUGGGAAAAAUCCCCUUUGCCCCUGUGAGUACAUUUUCUUUUUGACCUUUUCUUCUGUAGUACAUUACCAGAGGCUUUGGUAGCUUGUUGACAAUACCUUCACCUUAAGCAUCAAUCUCGUUCUCAAGGUUGAGAUGUAGAAAUUACUGCUGUAUACAUUCAUAAUCUUCUUAAGUACAUUCUUUUGCUGAAGUGCAUUCCCACUGUUCGAGGACUUGUUCUACAGGCAGCAUUCCUUGUAGGAUAACCCACUGUCAUAGUAUUUGUUGGGGUUGAACACUGAGUAAGUCUUCUUCUUUCUUGUCUGGUAAGUGUUCGAUUACCAUGUCUCCUCUUUCCGUGUACUUCUUAAGUUGUUAUACGUGAAACACCGGGUGGAUUCAAGAUGAAGGAGGCAGCUGAAGCUUAUAAUCUGCUGCUCCAAUCUUCUGAAUUAUCUGAAAGAGCCCAUAGAAGCGAGGUUAUAGCAUGGAUCUUCUUGUUUGUCUUAUUGACCCUUGCUUGUAUGGUUGCAGUUUGAGUAGUACCCAAUCUUGUUUCUUAAAACUUCUUUCACAGUAGUUCCUAUCUGCAUGUUACUUAGUUCUGGUUUGGGCUUUCAAGAGUUGUUGUCAGAUCAUUCGGUUAACAUCUUCUAUUUUUGCUAGUAGUUCUUCAACAGAUAGUGAAGCUGGUGAAAAGUUAACUAUGUCGGAGAAAUGUGGAGGUGAGAACCCAUAGAGAGCUUAUAAGAGAGUCAUUUUGGGCCUGUGUGGUAGGAUGUGUUAUACCACCAUUCAGUAGUGGAUAACCAUUUUACCCAUGUUUUGGAUUGAUCAUGAGUCAUGCAUCGUAAGUAAAUUUUCAGAUAUUAAUUGAGCUGCUUCGUCUGACUAUCUGCUUGCAGAUGAUAAGCAGUGCUAGAAUGUAGAUUGGUUCCUACUGCUUUCAUCAAUUCCUUCGAAAAGAGACUAGUGAAUUAGGGGUUCCUAUCUGAUACUAUGACACAUGGUAUUCUAUGCAACUUUUGAAUAGUCUCCAUGUAAAGGUACGCUACUUUUCGAGUUGUAAAGGGAUGCCAUAAAGGAAUAAAAUGACCAUACUU